UGCGGUGCUCUGUCAAAACAGAAGAAUAACAGUUGCGGCUGUUCCGAGCACUUGUCUAAAAUUUAUAAUUUUUAAGUAGAAUAAAAAUAUAAACUAAAGCAAUGUCUACGGCACGAGAAUUAUCAAAGAAAUUAUACUACAUUCAGAAACCAAAUCGAUGGACAAGUGGAAUUGGUGCUGCAUUACCUGAAUCUUACAAAAAAUUUUGGAAAGAAUGGAAACUAACGACACCCUCUCCAGUUCACUAUAUCCCAGAAGAAGGAAGAUUUAAAAAAAGAGAAGAUGGUACAAUAGUGCCAAUACAAAAUAAUCCAAUACCCUUGAAAUAUCCAAAGGAAUUCCAUGAAGGCAUAUGGGGUGGCGAGGCUGUUGUAAUGGGAUUUUAUAAAAAACAUUUUUACAAGCGUAGAUUCAGAAAAUACUGGGUUCCCCAACUCAAAAAAUCUGUGGUAUACAGUGAAGUACUCAAUAAGUAUAUGCGAAUGACUGUAACCGAUAGAACCCUGGAAUUGGUACAUAAACAUUAUGGAUUUGAUCACUACUUAUUAAGUACAAAAGCUUGUGAUCUCAUGUCAGAACUUGCUCUUAAAUUAAAGCGUGAAAUACUCAUAAGUCUAGCUGAUAAAACUCUGUAUCCUGAUGAUCCAGUCAAACGAGAUGAAGUAUAUGAAAAAUACAAAAAAUAUUUAGAACCUUACUCUAGAGAAGAUAUUGAAUGGUAUGGUUUAUCUUGGAAAAAUGCUACUGGCAAAUUCAUUAAAAUGCAGUUGGCUGCAUACAAUCCUCAGCCAUUGAAAAUUCAAUUUAGAGCAGAACUUAUAAAACAACUUCAAGAUGAGCAACUAGAGAGUGGUUCUGAAGAAUCUCAAAGCUCUUGGCUGUCUAAAAUCAAUCCAUUUGGAAGUAAAAGCAGUAGCAGCCUACAAGCUUAAGUAAAUUGUUAUGUUUGUAAAUGAUUAUAAUAUAGAGAAUAAUAAAUGUUUUGUAAAUCUAAAAA